AUGAGAGGGACUGCCGUAUCCAAGGGCAUUGCAGGCAGCCAGGCAGGCAAGGUGCUGAAGCAGACUGCGCUGCGGACGCGACUGCUAGACUUGUGGUGUCUGACGGUAGUGGGAUAGGGACUCCCUCCUCUAGCGCAAACUCCGCCAGUAGCAGCAGCCAGCGCGCUGUCAGGACGAUGCAGGAUUGGACCUUCACAUUGUACGCGUGUUGGCGACCUCCUGUGGCCGUGUGAAGAGAGACUUGAAAUACAAUGCAUCGUUGCCUGUAGCCUGUGGGGACAGUACAGUACAGUGGCUUACUGACAAAUACUGCAACUUUGAAAGAUUGUUGUUGUAUGUAUUGAUUGGUAAAUGAAAAAUAUAAUAUUUUACCUAUAGCUAUAAUUUUCUUAAUAACGAUGAUGAUUUGUUCUGGUUUUGUGUUGCCAUGUUCAUUACAAAUUAUUCCACUCUGCUGAUUUUCUAUAGAUGAGAGAUGCAAGGAACAUGAUUAAGGCUAGGAGUUUUUCCUGACCAGCGAACCUGAUCAAGGAACCACUCUGGGCCCUAAACAUGAUUACUGAUCUAGAAACACUCAGGGCCCUAAACACUAUCACUGAUCUAGAAUCAUAAACCAUUUACCUUUUCACUGGCCAUACAUUCUACUGAGGUUAUUUUUUACACCUGGAGUUGAUAACCUCCCUGACAUUGAAUGUUGAAACCUAUAGAAGGGGGGUCGGAAGUACGGCCAGCGAGACAUUUUUAAAUGUAUUAAAUAUUAUUAUAUUUCAAUUACGAUUUAUUAUACAAACAACUUCCAAUAGAUGGCGCUGUAGCCUGGCAGCGCGCUCUGUAUUUGGGCCUACAGUCAGAUUCAGAAUUACAUUUUUUACAUUUUAGUCAUUUAGCAGACGCUCUUACAGUUAGUGAGUGCAUACAUUUUUUUUUUUCAUACAUGCGCUCAGUCAUCAUAGCCACUUCAUUGCUUGACAACUUUUUAAGUGAAAAAUGAGUGCUGCGGAAAUGAGAAAAGUAGACUCUGAAUGUUGUGUGUUUAAAGAAGAAUGGACAGCAAAAUACUUUUCUUUACUAAUAUUGAUAUGCCAAGAAAGUGUUGCCAUUUUUAAGGAAUAUAAUCUCAAUCUUCAUUUUUUUUCAAUCAAGCAUGCUAACUAAGCAGAUGGCUUCGAUCUUUUUUCUAUAGCACUGGAUGAGAGUACAGACAUCAGAGACACCGCUCAACUUUUAAUUUUUGUCAGAGAAAAAAUUAGAACUUUGAAAUAACAGAGGAACAUAUUGUGAUGGAAUCAAUGAUGGGAACAACCAGGGGCUCUGAUUUAUAUGACAGGGUGUCUGCCUGCUUGGAAAAAAUGAAUCUACCAUGGAGCAAACUGACAAACGUCACAACAGAUGGAUCACCAAAUCUAACCGGUAAAAACAUUGGCCUACUAAAAAGAUUACAAGACAAAGUAAAAGAAGGAAGCCCUAACUCGGAGGAAUUUAUAUUUAUUCACUGUAUUAUUCAUCAGGAAGCCCUGUGUAAAAGUGUAUUAAAGCUUGAAAAUGUUGUCAAAGUGGUUGUAUAACUUGUCAACUUUAUACGCACAAGGGUGUUUAACCAUUGUCAGUUCAUUCAGCUGUUCAAUGACACAGAGGCAGAGCACCAGGACUUGUGGUGUGGACAUAUUGGGUUAUCUGAACGAUCUAAAUGAGAAACUGCAGGGAAAUUGUGUUUUUGUGCAUGAACUGUAUUCCAACGUGAAAGCAUUUAAGGCCAAACUUAUGUUGUUCUCCAGACAAAUGAGCAGCCGGUCUCUCGCUCAUUUUCCGACACUGGCCGCACUGAACGCGCCCACAUUGCAGUGCCACACUGAGACAUACAGUAGCACUUUGAUCGACCUGCAUGCUGAGUUCCCGCCGCUUCUCAGACUUCACCAAGAUUGAGACUGAGCUGGAGCUUGUAUCAUGCCACCUGUCUUUCGACAGUGAGAAAGCACCCCCAGACACACAAUCGGAGCUCAUUGACAUCCAAUGUGACAGUGCUUUGAAGGAGAAGUACAAAACAGCAACAAUAGACCACUUCUAUGGCUCACUGAAUGAAACAAAGUUUCCAAACAUUAAAAAGCACGCCCAAAGGAUGCUUGUUUUAUUCGGGUCCACAUACAGUGGGGAAAAAAUGUAUUUAGUCAGCCACCAAUUGUGCAAGUUCUCCCACUUAAAAAGAUGAGAGAGGCCUGUAAUUUUCAUCAUAGGUACACGUCAACUAUGACAGACAAAUUGAGAAUUCUUUUUUCCAGAAAAUCACAUUGUAGGAUUUUUUAUGAAUUUAUUUGCAAAUUAUGGUGGAAAAUAAGUAUUUGGUCACCUACAAACAAGCAAUAUUUCUGGCUCUCACAGACCUGUAACUUCUUCUUUAAGAGGCUCCUCUGUCCUCCACUCGUUACCUGUAUUAAUGGCACCUGUUUGAACUUGUUAUCAGUAUAAAAGACACCUGUCCACAACCUCAAACAGUCACACUCCAAACUCCACUAUGGCCAAGACCAAAGAGCUGUCAAAGGACACCAGAAACAAAAUUGUAGACCUGCACCAGGCUGGGAAGACUGAAUCUGCAAUAGUUAAGCAGCUUGGUUUGAAGAAAUCAACUGUGGGAGCAAUUAUUAGGAAAUGGAAGACAUACAAGACCACUGAUAAUCUCCCUCGAUCUGGGGCUCCACGCAAGAUCUCACCCCGUGGGGUCAAAAUGAUCACAAGAACGGUGAGCAAAAAUCCCAGAACCACACGGGGGGACCUAGUGAAUGACCUGCAGAGAGCUGGGAUCAAAGUAACAAAGCCUACCAUCAGUAACACACUACACCGCCAGGGACUCAAAUCCUGCAGUGCCAGACGUAUCCCCCUGCUUAAGCCAGUACAUGUCCAGGCCCGUCUGAAGUUUGCUAGAGUGCAUUUGGAUGAUCCAGAAGAGGAUUGGGAGAAUGUCAUAUGGUCAGAUGAAACCAAAAUAGAACUUUUUGGUAAAAACUCAACUCGUCGUGUUUGGAGGACAAAGAAUGCUGAGUUGCAUCCAAAGAACACCAUACCUACUGUGAAGCAUGGGGGUGGAAACAUCAUGCUUUGGGGCUGUUUUUCUGCAAAGGGACCAGGACGACUGAUCCGUGUAAAGGAAAGAAUGAAUGGGGCCAUGUAUCGUGAGAUUUUGAGUGAAAACCUCCUUCCAUCAGCAAGGGCAUUGAAGAUGAAACGUGGCUGGGUCUUUCAGCAUGACAAUGAUCCCAAACACACCGCCCGGGCAACGAAGGAGUGGCUUCGUAAGAAGAAUUUCAAGGUCCUGGAGUGGCCUAGCCAGUCUCCAGAUCUCAACCCCAUAGAAAAUCUUUGGAGGGAGUUGAAAGUCCGUGUUGCCCAGCGACAGCCCCAAAACAUCACUGCUCUAGAGGAGAUCUGCAUGGAGGAAUGGGCCAAAAUACCAGCAACAGUGUGUGAAAACCUUGUGAAGACUUACAGAAAACGUUUGACCUGUGUCAUUGCCAACAAAGGGUAUAUAACAAAGUAUUGAGAAACUUUUGUUAUUGACCAAAUACUUAUUUUCCACCAUAAUUUGCAAAUAAAUUCAUUAAAAUCCUACAAUGUGAUUUUCUGUGAAAAAAAUUCUAAUUUUGUCUGUCAUAGUUGACGUGUACCUAUGAUGAAAAUUACAGGCCUCUCUCAUCUUUUUAAGUGGGAGAACUUGCACAAUUGGUGGCUGACUAAAUACUUUUUUCCCCCACUGUAUGUGUGAACAAACGUUCUCAUUCAUGAAUUACAACAAAUCCUGUCACAGGUCAAAUUUAACAAAUGACCACUUGUCAGCUGUUCUGAGAAUCUCUACAUCAAAGAUGACAGCAGACUUUGAUGCCCUUGCCAAGAGAGGUGACCACACCCAUUGUUCACAUUAAGACUUGAAUAACCGUGACUGGGGAAGGCAAGGAUGACGCUUUUUCAUGGUGAUGGUCAUGCAGUGACAAUUAUGCAGCAAUGCACUUGGAUACAGGUAAUAACUAAUCAGUCAGAUUUGGACUGAGGUGAUUGGAUAACUGUAAAUAUGGCUCACAAUGGAGAUGAGAAUUGUUCCUUAAUAUGCUUUCAAAAACGGACCAUUUCAAAUGAAACGGAUGCUCUUACCAUAUGUUUCACUCAAAUUUUAGAAUAGUUUUUUUUUGCUGUUACAUUUUGCAUGUCUCCAGUCAUAUAAUAAUUUAUAUAUCUAUUUUUAAGUUUGCAUAUUGUGACUGUAAGUUUGACUGUGAUCUUAUAAAUUAUAUCAAUUUUGUGAAAAUGUUGUUCACAAAAAACAAGGGUAGAAAUGGUACAAGGGUAGAAUUGUUCUGCAAGCAUACAGUACACUAGUAGUUGCAUGUCAAUGUUAAAAUGAAUAAAGGCUUCACAUGUUUUGUCAAGCAUAUAGUAUGUGGCCCUUCACUUGGUUUCAAAAACUCAAUGUGGCCCUUGAGCCAAAAGGUUUGUCCACCCCUGCCCUAUAGCCUAGUGGUUAAACAUCAGUAUUUGAACUUUGGGUGUCGUAAACAUAUUUUCAGAAAGAGCACACAGUAGGAUACACAAAGAGAUACAGGAUGGCUCUGUGCAUCCCUGACACCUCCCUCUCAGAUAACAUAUUAAUUAUUGUUGAACGUGUUAUUUUGGUUGAGUCACACUUGACAAGAUAACUUCACGUGUCCCUCUUCCGCUUGGUAAAGCAAUCAUCUCCUAAAACAAGUUCAGUAUAAAGGCUGUUUUGCAAAGUUGGCAAAGAGUUUUUCCACACCUCAGCUAUAGUGUACCAGCUACAGGUACCCUACUGACCAGCUCUCCCCUGUCACACUGCUGAAUCUGGCCAUCUACAUUGGAGGAACCAUGAGAAUACAGCUGCCCAACCCAGGCCUGGAAGACAGGAUCCUGUCCCAUGAGGAGCUGGAUAAGCUGGAAACGGAGGAGGCUGGGAGUGGAGACAGGCCCAAAUGGGACAACAAGACCCAGUACAUGCUCACCUGCGUGGGGUUCUGUGUGGGGCUGGGGAACGUAUGGAGAUUCCCUUACCUGUGCCAGAGUCAUGGGGGAGGUAGGUGGUGUUGUGCUGCAGUGGGUUUUUAUGGUGUUGGAUGGGGUGUGGUGAGGUUCGGGUUGGAUGGGGUUGGAUGGGGUGUGGUGAGGUUCGGGUUGGAUGGGGUUGGAUGGGGUGUGGUUGGGGUUGGAUGGGGUGUGGUUGGAUGGGGUUGGAUGGGGUGUGGUGUGGUUGGAUCGGGUUGGAUGGGGUGUGGUGUGGUUGGAUGGGGUGUGCUGUGGUUGGAAUGGGUUGGAUGGGAUUGGAUGUGGUUGGAUGGGGUCACUUGUAUGGGGUUGAAUGGGUUCACUUGUAUGAGGAAAGCUGUUCUUCUCUGAUCUGUUUGAUGUACAGUCUGUAUUUGGUGUCUGUGAGAAAAUACUGAUUUUACUUUACAGUGUUCUUAUUAUUGUACGUGCAGUUUAACAAAUAUUCUAAUUACACAUUGGACACAUUGUUCCACUGUUCUCAGGUACAUUGUGUGUACUUACAAUACAAUAAAACACAGAACUAAUGAGAACACUGCAAAACAUGUAUGCUGUUUAUGUCACUGGUUUAUGUGUAGUCUGACCAUGUGGAUCUGUCUCUAUGGAGGUGUCACUGGUUUAUGUGUAGUCUAACCAUGUGGAUCUGUCUCUAUGGAGGUGUCACUGGUUUAUGUGCAGUCUGACCAUGUGGAUCUGUCUCUAUGGAGGUGUCACUGGUUUAUGUGUAGUCUAACCAUGUGGAUCUGUCUCUAUGGAGGUGUCACUGGUUUAUGUGUAGUCUAACCAUGUGGAUCUGUCUCUAUGGAGGUGUCACUGGUUUAUGUGCAGUCUAACCAUGUGGAUCUGUAUCUAUGGAGGUGUCACUGGUUUAUGUGUAGUCUAACCAUGUGGAUCUGUCUCUAUGGAGGUGUCACUGGUUUAUGUGUAGUCUAACCAUGUGGAUCUGUCUCUAUGGAGGUGUCACUGGUUUAUGUGCAGUUAACCAUGUGGAUCUGUCUCUAUGGAGGUGUCACUGGUUUAUGUGCAGUCUAACCAUGUGGAUCUGUAUCUAUGGAGGUGUCACUGGUUUAUGUGUAGUCUAACCAUGUGGAUCUGUCUCUAUGGAGGUGUCACUGGUUUAUGUGUAGUCUAACCAUGUGGAUCUGUCUCUAUGGAGGUGUCACUGGUUUAUGUGCAGUUUAACCAUGUGGAUCUGUCUCUAUGGAGGUGUCACUGGUUUAUGUGUAGUCUAACCAUGUGGAUCUGUAUCUAUGGAGGCUCCAGCACCACAAACACUGCAUUUAAUUAGCAAAUGUAGUAACUUAUUACAAUGACUUAUGCUGACAGGCCUUGCAUAGGUGUUAAGGCCUGAUAUACGUCACACCUCCAGUCAAAUCAAAUCAAAAUGUUUUUGCCACAUGCGCCGAAUACAACAGGUGUAGACCUUACAGUGAAAUGCUUACUUACAAGCCCUUAACCAACAAUGCAGUUUUAAGAAAAACAAGUGUUAAGUAAAAAAAUAGAUAAGUAAAAAAUAAAAAAUAAAAAAGAAUGAAAGAGCAGCAGCAUAAUGACUUGUCAAUGACUGACGGAGAGGACAGGCCCGGAGUCUAGAGAUGGAUCCCAGGAAAAAUAUCUAACUGUUUGUCAGUUAGUAUAACAGUUAUUAACUUGCACUUUGCCCAUGUCGCCAAAAACAUGAUGCUACAAUGCCUUCAGAAAGUGUUCAUACCCCUUGACUUAUUCCACAUUAUGUUGUGUUACAGCCUGAAUUCAAAAUGGAUAAAACAUUUAUUUUUUUACCCAUCUACACACAAUACGCCAUAAUGACAAAGUGAAAACAUGUUUUUAGACAUUUUUGCAAAUGUAUUGAAAAUGAAAUACAGAAAUAUAUAAUUUACAUAAGUAUUCACACCCCUGAGUCAGUACAUGUUAGAAUCACCUUUGGCAGCGAUUACAGCCGUGAGUGUUUCUGGGUAAGUCUUUAAGAGCUUUGCACACCUGGAUUGUACAAUAUUUGCCCAUUGUUCUUUUUAACAUUCUUCAAGCUCAAGUUGGUUGUUAAUCAUUGCUGGACAGCCAUUUCCAACUCUUGCCACAGAUCUUCAAGCUGAUUUAAGUCAAAACUGUAACUAGACCACUCAGGAACAUUGCGUGUCGUCUUGGUAAGCAACUCCAGUGUAUAUCUGGCCUUGUGUUUUAGGUUAUUGUCCUGCUGAAAGGUGAACGUCUCCCAGUGUCGUUGGAAAGCAGACUGAACCAGGUUUUCCUCUAGGAUUUUGCCUGUGCUUAGCUCAAUUCGGUUUCUUUUUAUCCUAAAAAACUCCCUAGUCGAUGUAAAGCAUACCCAUAACAUGAUGCAGCCACCACCAUGCUAGAAAAUAUGGAGAGUGGUACUCAGUGAUGUGUUGUGUUGGAUUUGCCCCAAACAUAACGCUUUGUAUUCAGGACAUAAAGUUAAUUUCUUUGUCAGAUUUUUUGCAGUUUUACUUUAGUGCCUUAUUGCAAACAGGAUGCAUGUAUUGGAAUAUUUGUAUUCUGUACAGGCUUCCUUCUUUUAAUUCUGUCAUUUAAGGUAGUAUUGUGGCGUAACUACAAUAUUGUUGAUCCAUCCUCAGUUUUCUCCUAUCACAGCUUUUAAACUCUGUAACUGUUUUAAAUUCACAAUUGGCCUCAUGGAAAAAUCCCUGAGCGGUUUCCUUCCUCUCCGGCAACUGAGUUAGGAAGGACGCCUGUAUCUUUGUAGUGACUGGGUGUAUUGAUACACCAUCCAAAGUGUAAUUAAUAACUUCACCAUGCUCAAAGGAAUAUUCAAUGUCUGUUUGUUUUUUUACCCAUCUACCAAUAUUUGCCCUUCUUUGUGAGACAUUGGAAAACUUCCCUGGUCUAUUUGGUUGAAUCUGUGUUUGAAAUUCACUGCUCGACUGAGGGACCUUACAGAUAAUUGUAUGUGUGGGGUACAGAGAUGAGGCAGUCAUUCAAAAAUCAUGGUAAACACUAUUAUUGUAGAGUCUAGAUAUUAUUCUAUUUUUUGAUUUUUUUGAGUCAAUGCAACUUAUUGUGACUUGUUAAGCAUAUUUUUACUCCUGAACUUAUUUAGGCUUGCCAUAACAAAGGGGUUGAAUACUUAUUGACUCUAGACAUUUCAGCUUUUCAUUUUUUAUUAAUUUGUAAGAAUUUCACAAAACAUAAUUCCACUUCGACAUUAUGGGGUAUUGUGUGUAGGCCAGUCACACAAAAUCUAAAUUUAAUCAAUUUUAAAUUCAGGCUGUAACACAACAAAAUGUGGAAAAAGUCAAUGGGUGUGAAUACUUUCUGAAGGCACUGUAUAGCCAUCUACUGUAUUUUAGGCAAACAAUGAGAAUACUAUUUCUAAUGGUUCUAAACUGGGAUAAAUGAGGGAUAUAAGUAGAACAUGGGCUUUCUUGUGCCGACCUAGGGUAGAUAAGAUGCUUUAGCCCAGUAAAAUCCUCCUAGUGUGAUAAAUGGAAUGUACGGAAACACUUCUGCUCUUAUCUUAUCUAAAUACAGAGAGAAUGCGUAAAUGGACUUACAGUAACAUCCCAUCAUGUUCUAUGGAAACUGUUUGACUACAAGCGCCUGAAUGACUGAUAAGGCAGAUAAGGACUGUUAAGGCAGAUAAGGACUGUUAUGUACUGAAGACUGCUGAUGGAGCGGAAAGCCUUGAGAAGUGUUUGUUGUGGACGGAGGGAUAGUCACCUGUACAUUGAACCACCAGCACCAACACUAUCCCGUGCCCCAGUAAAUCCUUUACUUUUGCCGUUCCUGCCUGCAACAGGUGUAUUGACUUGUCUCCGUAAAAGGACGUCAGUGUUAUGUGAUUCCCAAGUGGUUAAAUUGUUUCUCUCUCUCGCUAUUUCUCUCUAUCCUUUUUUUUUGGCAGUAUGUUUAGAUAGACAGGUAUGUGUAUCUAUGAGCCCCCUGUUUUUAUCCAUACCGCAGUACGACUGGUAAUAUGUACUCCAUUACAUCUGCAGGUGUCUGUAUGUCAUGAGAUGUCAUUAAGAGUCUUUUUACCAACGUUUUAAGAGCUUUGAUUGUCCCCCCUUUGUUCUCAGGUGCAUUCAUGAUUCCUUUCCUGAUCCUGCUGGUUCUAGAAGGUGUUCCCCUGCUCCAUCUGGAGUUUGCUAUUGGUCAACGUCUAAGGAAAGGCAGUUUAGGGGUGUGGUCAACUAUCCAUCCUUACUUGGCUGGAGUUGGUAAGCAACACUUUCCCUAUCUCUGGUCCAGGGCACGUGCAGUUUGCUGCAUGUAAGCAGCAGGUAAACGCCCCGGGACCAGAGCUACACAUGCUGCUUCAAUAAACCUUCAGUCAUCAUGGACUCAAAUAAAUCAAAUAAAUCAAUUUUUAUUUGUCACAUACACGUGUUUAGCAGAUGUUAUAGCGGGUGUAGCGAAAUACUUGUGCUUCUAGCUCCGACAGUGCAGUAAUAUCUAACAAGUAAUAUCUAACAAUUUCACAACAUAUACCCAAUACACACAAAACUAGUAAGGAAUGGGAUUUAAGAAUAUAUACAUAUAUGGACAAGCAAUGACAGAGCGGCAUGGACUAAGAUACAGUAGAAUAUUAUAGAAUAGAAUGCAGUAUAUACAUAUGAGAUGAGUCGUGCAAGAUAUGUAAACAUUAUUAAAGUAACUAGAGUUCUUAAAGUGGCCAGUGAUUUAAAAUAGGCAGCAGCAGCCUCUAAUGUGCUAGUGAUGGCUAUUUAACAGUCUGAUGGCUUUGAGAUAGAAGCUGUUUUUCAUUCUCUCGGUCCCAGCUUUGAUGCACCUGUACUGACCUCGCCUUCUGGAUGAUAGCGGGGUGAACAGGCAGUGGCUCGGGUGGUUGAUGUCCUUGAUGAUCUUUUUGGCCUUCCUGUGACAUCGGGUGCUGUAUGUUUCUUGGUGGGCGGGUAGUUUGCUCCCGGUAAUGCGUUCGGCAGACUGCACCACCCUCUGGAGAGCCCUGCGGUUGCGGGUGGUGCAGUUGCCGUACCAGGCGGUGAUACAGCCGACAGGAUGUUCUCAAUUGUGCAUCUGUAAAAGUUUGUGAGGGUUUUAGGUGCUAAGCCAAAUUUCUUCAGCCUCCUGAGGUUGAAGAGGCUCUGUUGCGCCUUCUUCACCAAACUGUCUGCAUGGGUGGCCCAUUUCAGUUUGUCGGUGAUGUGUACGCCAAGGAACUUGAAGCUUUCCACCUUCUCCACUGCGGUCCUGUCAAUGAGGAUAGGGGGGUGCACCCUCUGCUGUUUCCUGAAGUCCACGAUCAUCUCCUUUGUUUUGUUAAUGUUGAGUGAGAGGUUAUUUUUCUGGCACCACACACCCAGAGCCCUCACCUCCUCCCUGUAGACGCUCUCGUCAUUGUUGGUAAUCAAGCACUGCUCUGUGUUCUUGCCAGGCAUUGCGUCCAUGUUUGUUUCUCUUAUGAUCAGCCUGUACUACAACACCAUCAUGGCCUGGGUGAUGUGGUACUUGUUUAACUCCUUCCAAGAGACGCUUCCUUGGAGCCAGUGUCCCCUCAAUGACAAUCUAACAGGUAAGAGUGCAGUACAGACACAGUCUUCAUGCAUUCAUUAAAAAAAUGAGAUGUACUGUACAGUAUUUGAGACAUUAUGGGAGUCAGGGGUCAGGGGUAAAUUCCAUUUUAAAUUCAGCUAAUUCAGGAAGUCAACAGAUAUUCCAUAGAGGAGAACUGAGAAAAAUGUUAGUUUACUUCCUGAAUUAAUUAACUGAAUUGAAAUGGAAUUGACCUCAAUCCUGAUAAACAUGCUUCACCCUCAGGAUGAUAGCUACAUUACAAGGAAGAAGUACAUUUAUUAUGAGUUUGAGGACCGAGUUUGGGAAACCCUGCACUAGGGAAUAGGGUGCUAUUUGGGAUGCAGCCUAUGUAUGAAUAAUCCAAUCAUGUAUGUCUAAUUCUAAUAAUGUAUUAUUUGUCGAUUUUUUAACAUAAAUGUCCCAGGCCUGGUGUCAGAGUGUGAGCUGAGCUCCCCAGUGGAUUACUUCUGGUACAGAGAGACCCUGAACACCACCCCAGACAUUGGUGAGAACGGGGGUCUGCAGUGGUGGAUGGUGCUGUGUCUAGUCAGUGCCUGGGCUAUGCUCUAUAUCUGCAUCAUCCGAGGCAUCGAGACCACUGGGAAGGUAUAGCAGCUCAACAUAUCUGAGACAAGGACUACAUGAUAACGUUCACAUUUAUGACCAAUUAUGACCAAUAACAAUGGAUGAAAAUUGGAAAUUGACAAAUAAAACAGUAUAAAGGUAGUUUUAUGUUAUCAUGUCUCAGUGAUUGCAAAGGUAUAGUGACAUCACCGUCUCCCCUCUCCUCAUAGGCUGUGUAUGUCACCUCAACGCUACCCUACGUAGUGUUGAGCAUUUUCCUGAUCAGAGGUCUGACUUUGAAAGGCUCUUUGAGUGGAGUCGUGUUUCUCUUCACCCCGGACGUAAGUCACGUGUUUACGGCCCAAAUGGCACCCUAUUCCCUACAUAGUGCACUACUUUUACUUAGAGCCCUAUGGACCCUGGUUAAAAGUAGUGCACUACAUAGAGAAUAGGGUGCCAUUUGGGACACUGUUACACUAAAAACUCACACUAAAAGAAAUACAAGCCCAUCCCUGAAAUGAUAUCAGCUAUAAAUGUCAUAUAUAGUCAGGUAAAUCUGAUUGAUGUAACAAAACGUUGUGUUGUUGUCCCAGUUGGCAUAGCUUGCUGUUGUAACAAAACGUUGUGUUGUUGUCCCAGUUGGCAGAGCUUGCUGAUGUAACAAAACGUUGUGUUGUUGUCCCAGUUGGCAGAGCUUGCUGAUGUAACAAAACGUUGUGUUGUUGUCCCAGUUGGCAUAGCUUGCUGAUGUAACAAAGCGUUGUGUUGUUGUCCCAGUUGGCAGAGCUUGCUGAUGUAACAAAACGUUGUGUUGUUGUCCCAGUUGGCAGAGCUGGCCAACCCAACUACCUGGCUGGAUGCAGGUGCCCAGGUGUUCUAUUCCUUCUCCAUAGCGUUUGGCGGCCUCAUCUCUUUCUCCAGCUAUAACUCAGUGCAGUAAGUCACAAUCACCCAUCUAAACUACUAUGGUUUAAUCAAUGUAUUAUAUAUUUUAGAAACAGUUGUUUACUAUGUGUUAUGUGAAUUAUUUAACAAACUAUUUCAGUUUCUCUGUGCGUCUCCCAAAAGGUUGUAAGUCUUUUGGGAUUUAAGUAACGGCCAGAGUCCCGGUCUGCAUAGUCAGAGAUAUUUAUUCAUUGAGAAUUCUGCCAUCACAAUUUCAGAGUCCAUCUUUUAUACUCAUACGUCAUACAAAAAUAAAUCCCUCCCCUCUGUAGGCGGGCUGUAGUUUUCCACUCUAAAACUGCUCUACUGACCUUCUGUUUACACACACACACACAUAUACACACAUGCAUACACACAUACAUACACACACACACACACAUAUCCUACUCCCUGCUUUACUCAGUUAUUGCCGUUCUCACAAUAUUCUGCACCAUGUUUUCAUAACAGUUUCUCCCCUCCCUAAAUUGGGAGGCCUCUUUAUCUUAGUUUCUCAGUUGUCUUUGUUGUCUGGCCUAACUCUUACUCACAUUGCUAAAUAGUGGCUCAAUGCCAUAGCCUUUACUGGUCCUACACUCACACAUUUCUAACACAUUAUACACAGUUUCAGGGUGUAAUAAUUAGUCAUGAAUAAUUAAUCUAUCACUAUGUUGUAUUGGGACUUUUGAAUUGCAUUAUAAAGCACGACAACCGCGCUGAAACAGACCGGUACGGUGUCCAUAUUAGGACAGCCCCAGCCCCAGUCUCAGCAGGAGUUGUGUGUUGUUUUCGAUUCCCAGUAACAACUGUGAACAGGACGCAGUGAUCAUCUCUGCCGUCAAUGGCUUCACCUCCGUCUACGCUGCAACAGUCAUCUACACCAUCAUUGGCUUCAGAGCCACAGAGAGAUUCGACAGCUGUCGUGGCGGGUAGGAAUUUACCCGUCUCUGUAGAUGACAUGUAUCUACUAUGUAUCACUGCAUCUAAUAGGAUAAGAGUACAGUUGCAGAAAGUUGCCAAAAAUGUGUCACCUUUCCCAAAAUUCCCAGGUUUUUCAGAAAUUCCAGUUGGAAGAGUCCUGGAAUCAGGAUGGGAUAUGCAGGACAUCCGGGAAUCCUCCAACCACGAUUUCUGGAAAAUCUGGGAAUUUUGCAACCCUACAUGUCCCUAACAGUGUCCCCUACAUCCGAUAUGACAGUAUGAUAGCCGGUGUGUUAUAGUUAGAUUUAAUGUUACAGUGAAAGAGGCCAUGACAUCAACUAAUUUUCCACAAUGAUUCUGUAGAAAUAUCCUGGCGCUACUGAAUACAUUUGAUCUCCCUGAGGGCAACAUCACUGAAAGCAACUAUGAUCAGGUUCUUCAUAGUCUCAAUGGAACAUAUCCAGAAGUCAUUCAGGGGCUCAACUUGAAGACCUGUGACUUAAACACUUUCCUCAGCGAGGUAGGAUUUUUAGGGCUGGUUUCCCAGACACAGAUUAACCGUAGUCCCGGACUAACAAGCAUGCUCAAUGAGAUUCUCCAUUGAAAGCGCUUUUUAGUCCAGCACUAGGCCUAAUCUGUGAAUGGUCUAAGGUCUCUUAUAAAUACUGACAAUAUCAGAAUAUUAUUUCAGCUUGACUAUAUGGCAAUGGCAAUCCCAAAGGGAACUAUAGACAUAAUAGUCUACUCCUACACAGUGUAGUAACACAAUGUUAUUUAAAACAGGAUCUAAUUCCACUCCUUCUCUGUGUGUCCUGAUGUAGGGGGUUGAAGGAACUGGUCUAGCCUUUAUUGUGUUCACAGAGGCCAUCACUAAGAUGCCUGUAUCUCCUGUUUGGUCAGUCUUGUUCUUCAUCAUGCUGUUCUGUCUGGGCCUGUCCUCCAUGUUUGGCAAUAUCGAAGGAGUUCUGGUACCACUUCAGGACCUGGGGGUUUUCCCCAAGAGUUGGCCCAAGGAGGCCACCACAGGUGAGGCAAGAGCUGGGACAGACUGAGGCCGGACAUCAGCUCAGGCAACACACCGGCCCAUUUAUUUCCUUCUGACCAAAACCCCCAAUUUAAACAGGCCCACUGGGCUAAAGAUGGACCAGCCUAUCUGUCAUUUGCCCGAACUGCCCUAUGGCCAGUCCGUUUCUGGACAAGAGCAAUCCAGACUUAUUGUCUCCUACAUUGAGAGAUUGAGACCUCUUUGUUAAAUAUCUUUAACUCAUGUUCUUUAUUCUGUUACAGGGAUAACAUGUGUCCUCUGCUGCCUUGUUGGACUGAUAUUUGUCCAAGGCUCAGGGAACUACUGGCUGUCCCUCUUUGACAGCUUUGCUGGGUCCAUACCUCUACUGAUAAUUGCAUUCUGUGAGAUGGUCGGGGUUGUGUACCUCUAUGGUAUUGAUCGGUGAGUAUAAUAAAUUCAUUCUGUGAGAUAGUCGGGGUUGUGUUAGAAACGCUACAGUAGAAGACACAGAAUUACCACAACAAACUGUGAUUGGAUGGAACUCAAGGAUUUUGGGUACUGGCCAGCCGGGCUAGUAGACCUCAAAUUCUACUUGUCCGGGUCCAAAAUCUGUGCCAUAUUUGAGAAGACAAAAUGUCACCCGCCAGUGGGCCAGGUUGGCACAUUUUCUACUAGCCCGGUCUGAAAAUACUAACAUCAGGCUAACGGGCUAACUUAAUUUCCAUCCAUAGUACUGGUGUUGAAGAUAUGUACAGUGUGGGAAAAAAGUAUUUGAUCCCCUGCUGAUUUUGUACGUUUGCCCACUGACAAAGAAAUGAUCAGUCUAUAAUUUUAAUGGUAGGUUUAUUUGAACAGUGAGAGACAGAAUAACAACAAAAAUAUCCAGAAAAACGCAUGUCAAAAAUGUUAUAAAUUGAUUUGCAUUUUAAUGAGGGAAAUAAGUAUUUGACCCCCUCUCAAUCAGAAAGAUUUCUGGCUCCCAGGUGUCUUUUUUACAGGUAACGAGCUGAGAUUAGGAGCACACUCUUAAAGGGAGUGCUCCUAAUCUCAGUUUGUUACCUGUAUAAAAGACACCUGUCCACAGAAGCAAUCAAUCAAUCAGAUUCCAAACUCUCCACCAUGGCCAAGACCAAAGAGCUCUCCAAGGAUGUCAGCGACAAGAUUGUAGACCUACACAAGGCUGGAAUGGGCUACAAGACCAUCGGCAAGCAGCUUGGUGAGAAGGUGACAACAGUUGGUGCGAUUAUUCGCAAAUGGAAGAAACACAAAAUAACUGUCUCCCUCGGCCUGGGGCUCCAUGCAAGAUAUCAUCUCGUGGAGUUGCAAUGAUCAUGAGAACGGUGAGGAAUCAGCCCAGAACUACACGGGAGGAUCUUGUCAAUGAUCUCAAGGCAGCUGGGACCAUAUUCACCAAGAAAACAAUUGGUAACACACUACGCCGUGAAGGACUGAAAUCCUGCAGCGCCCGCAAGGUUCCCCUGCUCAAGAAAGCACAUAUACAGGCCCGUCUGAAGUUUGCCAAUGAACAUCUGAAUGAUUUAGAGGAGAACUGGGUGAAAGUGUUGUGGUCAGACCAAAAUCGAGCUCUUUGGCGUCAAGUCAACUCGCCGUGUUUGGAGGAGGACGAAUGCUGCCUAUGACGCCAAGAACACCAUCCCCACCGUCAAAUAUGGAGGUGGAAACAUUAUGCUUUGGUGGUGUAAUUCUGCUAAGGGGACAGGACAACUUCACUGAAUCAAAGGGACGAUGGACGGGGCCAUGUACCGUCAAAUGUUGGGUGAGAACCUCCUUCCCUCAGCCAGGGCAUUGAAAAUGGGUCGUGGAUGGUUAUUCCAGCAUGACAAUGACCCAAAACACACGGCCAAGGCAACAAAGGAGUGGCUCAAGAAGAAGCACAUUAAGGUCCUGGAGUGGCCUAGCCAGUCUCCAGACCUUAAUCCCAUAGAAAAUCUGUGGAGGGAGCUGAAGGUUCGAGUUACCAAACAUCAUUCUCAAAACCUUAAUGACUUGGAGAAGAUCUGCAAAGAGGAGUGGGACAUAAUCCCUCCUGAGAUGUGUGCAAACCUGGUGGCCAACUACAAGAAACGUCUGACCUCUGUGAUUGCCAACAAGGGUUUUGCCACCAAGUACAAAGUCAUGUUUUGCAGAGUGGUCAAAUACUUAUUUCCCUCAUUAAAAUGCAAAUCAAUUUAUAACAUUUUUGACAUGUGUUUUUCUGGAUUUUGUUGUUGCUAUUCUGUCUCUCAUUGUUCAAAUAAACCUACCAUUAAAAUUAUAGACUGAUCAUUCAUUUCUUUGUCAGUGGGCAAACGUACAAAAUCAGCAGGGGAUCAAAUACUUUUUUCCCUCACUGUAUAAUAACAAUAGUUUUGUGGGUCUCUCUCUUGUGGGUCUCUCUCUCUGUGCCAGGUUCAACGAUGACAUUGAGUUCAUGAUCGGCCACAAGCCCAACCUCUUCUGGCAGAUUACAUGGAGAUUUAUCAGCCCCGCCAUCAUGUUUGUCAUCUUUGUGUUCUACUUUAUCACUAAAGUCACCGAAACGCUCCUCUAUAAAACCUGGAAUCCUGAAUCGGUAAGGUUUUUACUCUGUCAAGUCUGCAAAUCUGUUGAAAUCUAAAAUCCAAAUUGCAACACCUAAAUGUUGCUGUAGUUUGCUUCUAGGCCUCUUAACGUACUACUCACAAAGAAAAUGGCAUGACAAAGAUUUCACAUAUGCCUAUAUUUACAUGUAUAGCUACAUUAUGCAUAUAAUCUCCAUAUGGUACUGUACAUUACAGUGACAACAAGAACAUACUAAAAGCCUUAUACCAUUAAUCUUCCAUUAUAGGACAACUUCCCUACGUUGGAGGAGAAGCCCUAUCCAGCCUGGAUCUAUGUGAUCAUCUUUAUCCUGGCAGGGAUACCCAGUCUAUCUGUGCCUGGCACUGCUCUCUUCAAAUGUUUACGGAGGAAGAGCGAUAGAAAGUCUGAACAGCAAGAGCUCAAAACUGUCUCUAACCAAAUUGACUUGAACGACAAGGCUCAGAAUGUCAAAUCCCGUGCCUGA